AUGGCUGAAGUUGUUAAUGGUCCUUGUGAAAGUAGCCCAAGGCGGUUCGCCCAUCUCACCAACAAUCCAGCCGCAAGACGAGCUGAGAUGAAAACAGGACUGCUGCAAAUUAUUUAUGCUAAUCCUUUUGCAGGUUUGGAUCAUGAAGAUCCAUACACUCACCUCACCCGAUUCUACGAAAUAGCUGGUACAUUAGGUGCACCAGAGGCUGAAGAGGAAGCUGUCUUCAUGAGGUUAUUUCCACACUCUUUGAUCGGAAAAGCAAAGGAUUGGUACCUCGAUCAAUCAACAGAAACCAUGACCAACUGGAAUGUGUUAGAGAGAAACUUUCUCAGCAGAUUCUUUUCUCACAACCGAUUCAUGGAUGUAAAGACAGCUAUCGCCACAUUCACCCAAUUUUCAAAUGAAACUUUGUGUGAAGCCUGGGAACGCUAUAAAUCCAUGCUACGGAAGUGUCCAAACCACGGUUUCGACGACAUGUCACAAAUCCACAUUUUCCGUAAUGGAUUAUUACCUCAACCGAAGCUUUUAAGAGACGCAACAGCUAGAGGUUCCUUGAUAGCAAAAAGUGCAGCAGAAGCAAUUUCAAUCAUUGAUAGGAUGGCCCUCACAGAUCACCAAGUUCAACACAAUCGAGGUACCGUCCAAAAGAAGCCUGGAGUUUUGGAAUUGGGUACAAAUGAUGCAAUCCUAGCACAAAACAAACUGCUCACUCAAACCGUAGAGGAAUUGACAAAACAGUUGUCCAAGCUUCCUCAACAACUCAAAGAUGUGCACGGUUCGUCAAACGCAUCACAACAAGUGGCUUUUUGUGAACUUUGUACGGGUGAUCAUCUAACUGGUUUCUGUCCCCCGAUCAACGAAGAGGUAAAAUAUAUGGGAAAUCAACAACAAAGGCAAGUUUCGUACAAUCAAGGUUAUCCACACAACAACAACGCAAGCUAUGGCCAAAACCGACCAAAUCAGUACCAAAGUUACACGCAGCCAGAUAAGCUUUCAAAGAUCGAGGAUACCUUGAAUCAAUUCAUGCAAUUGUCCAUGGCAAACCAGAAAAACACUGAUGCGUCAAUUAGAAAUCUUGAAAUGCAAGUUGGGCAAAUUGCGAAGCAACUAAGUGAGCAACAAAGAGGUACGUUUUCUGCCACAACUCAAGUUAAUCCCAAAGAAACUUGUAAUGCAAUCCCGACAAAAGGUAGUGACAUUGUUCAAGACAAAGUUGGGGAGAAUUCAAAAGGUAUAGUUGUGGAGAAAAAUCAAGAAAAAGGAAAACGUAAGGAGGAGGAAGAAAACAAUACGGAUCCUGGAAAAGUUACCUUACCGGUUAACAUUGGAAAUAUCUAUUUUUAUAGUGCUUUGGUUGAUCUUGGAUCAAGCGUCAAUCUUCUUCCAUUAUCCGUCGUGAGAAAUAUUGAAGAUCUUCACUUGAACCCUACAACAAUGAAGUUGCAACUUGCUGACAAAUCAACCACAGAACCAAUUGGCGUAAUGAAAGAUGUAAUGGUCAAAGUGGAUGGUUUUCGAUUUUCAACUGACUUUGUGGUAAUAAGCAUGAAUAAAGAUGAAGAUAGUCCUCCAAUCUUAGGUCGUCCCUUCAUAAAAGCAGCCCGAAUGAUGAUUGACGUAGAUGAAGGGAAGAUGAAAGUAAGGUUCAAAGAUGAAGAAGUAAACUUCAAAUUGUUUCAACACAAGGAGGAUGAUUAUUCCAAAGCUAAAGCUCCUGAUGAAAAAGGCCUGAUAUUGAAAAAGAUAAAUGGUAAAGAAAGGCCAAAUGAUGGUGGCAAGGACGUUUUGACAAAUUCAUACAAACCACCGUAG